UUCAUAUUUGUGUUGAAUGAGAAGAAAGUUGUUGUUUUUUUGCACAGUUGAUAUUUACUAUUUUUAACUGGAACGAUCUUGCGCGCAUUAUAUCUGGACAAAGUAUGUAAUUUUGCACAAAUCGUUUAUUUAAUUCGCGAUGAACUACUGUACCUGAUACUGACUGUUAGAAAACGGAUAAUACAUCAUCAAUUGAGGACUUUUCCAUUUUAAGUUCAGUUUGUGUGUAAAUGGCUGGUAUUCUGUUUGAGGAUAUCUUUGAUGUAAAGGAUAUUGAUCCAGAUGGGAAAAAGUUUGACAGAGUAUCUCGUCUUCACUGUGAAAGUGAGUCUUUCAAAAUGGACCUGAUCCUUGACGUGAACAUCCAGAUUUAUCCUGUUGAUCUCGGUGACAAGUUCAGACUGGUGAUCGCCAGCACGCUGUAUGAGGACGGGACGCCGGAUGAUGGGGAAUACAACCCUCAGGAUGACAGACCGUCCAGGGCUGAUCAGUUUGAUUAUGUCAUGUAUGGAAAGGUUUAUAGGAUUGAAGGAGAUGAAACCUCAACAGAAGCGGCAACACGACUAUCUGCAUAUGUGUCUUAUGGAGGUCUGCUAAUGCGACUUCAGGGAGAUGCUAAUAAUCUGCAUGGAUUUGAAGUGGACUCCAGGGUCUAUCUACUGAUGAAGAAACUUGCUUUCUGAUUGUGUCUCCUGUCCUGUAGGGACACUCGCUUCUAAGGACUGAGAAAACGUGAAUUUUUAUUAUUGCUAUCAUUUUCUUUUUUUCUUUCUUUUUUUUUUUUUUUUUUUUUAUUUACCUUUGAGGCUUUCCUGUUGUGGAAACUGAUCUGGAAACUGUAGCACAUGGUAAAUUACGUAAAAAAAAUAAAUAUAUAUAUGUGUGGUUUUAUAUUCAAGUCAUACGAAUGCUCAGUUGAUAAACUGCUUUCUCAUUUCAUCUAGUGCAUGUGCACUACUUUGGCCAAUCGUAUUGAUUGAAUCCCUGUUGAAUCACAUUAAUGACAUCAGAUACAGGUUUUAUUUUGUAUGUUUCUUUUCUUUUAAACCGUUUAUCAGUAAAUGAGAAAUUGUGUUUACUAGGAAUAAGCUCCAGAGGCAUAUCUUAAGUCUGAAGUACUGUCUCUAGGUUGAGAGGGAGCUAGUAAUUGAGACUUGGGGAAAGGUCCCUGUGCAUUCAUAAUAAUUUCAUCCUGGGCUGUGUGAAUAUAAGCAAAUACAAAAAAAUAACAGGCUAAGCAAAAACAGCAAAGAUUGCAUCCCAACAUAAAUGGGAAUCCAGUUUAAUUCGAUUUAAACUACAUGAACGCGGCAGUGUGUGGACUGUAAUGGAAAUCACAAGACAGCUCAAUGGCACAAGUCUGCAGUCCGAUGAAGGGCCUGAAUGUAAAAUUUAACCCCAGAUUAUCUCUAUACUGUCGCAUAUGGAAGAAUUUUACAUUUGAAUGGGAAUCAAAAACUCAUAAAUCAGAGUAUAUAUAUAUUUUUUCAUCUUUUUUUGUAACCGAUAAGGGAAAGAUUAUUAUGGAAACUUCUUUCCGCCACUGAAUAAUAAUAAAAACAAGGCAAUGUUUUUAAUUUUUAUUUUUUUCCUCAAAAAUGGACUUUAUAAUUAGCAACUGCAAGUUUAUAUCUUACAAUUCUUAGAAAAGAAGUCAGAACUGUGAGAUGUAAAUUCGCAAGAAAAAAAGGUCAUCAGAUAAAAGUCCUAAUUACCAUUUUAAUUGUUCUUAUUCAGUGGCAGAAACAGGCUUCCAUGGAUAUUUGAUCAUUAAAUGUGGAAACCCCAUUGUAAACCCCAUAUUUGUCAUUUUUCAGCAAUAAAUACACAAAUUUG